AUGGAACCCUCGGUUGAGAACAGCGGAUCGGGAGUGCAAGUGAAAGACGGCCUCGCGGAGAAAUGUCAAAAAUUAUUUCUCGAAUUCCUGGAAGAGUUUCAGAAUCCAAACGGCGAGCUUCUGUAUGUACCUGACGCUGAGGAGCUGAUUCGGCCUGAAAGGAACACGCUGGUCGUUAACUUCACCAACAUCGAGCACUUCAACCAACAGCUGGCCACCACCAUUCAGGAGGAUUAUUAUCGAGUUUAUCCAUACCUGUGCAGAGCCGUACGCCACUUUGCUCGAGAUCAUGGCAACAUCCCACCCAGCAAAGAGUUUUAUGUGGCCUUCUCAGAUUUCCCCUUCAAACAGAAGAUCCGAGAGCUCUCCUCGGCCCGUAUCGGAACCCUCCUCCGGAUUAGCGGUCAGGUGGUGCGCACCCACCCAGUCCACCCUGAGCUGGUGAGCGGUACCUUCCGUUGUCUGGACUGCCAGUCAGUCGUCAAAGACGUGGAGCAGCAGUUCAAGUAUACACAACCGUCAAUCUGCAAGAACCCUGUUUGCUCCAACCGUAUGAGGUUUAUGUUGGACACAAACAAGUCUCGGUUUGUGGACUUCCAGAAGGUGCGUAUCCAGGAGACCCAGGCGGAGCUGCCCCGGGGCAGCAUCCCCCGCAGUGUGGAGGUGGUCCUGAGGGCUGAGGCUGUGGAGAGUGCCCAGGCCGGAGACCGCUGUGACUUCGCAGGCACUCUCAUCGUCGUCCCUGACGUCUCUGUUCUCGCCAUCGCAGGCACCAGGUCAGAAACCAGCAGCAGAGUGACCGGGAGAGAGGGCUUCCAGGCGGAGGGCAUCCAGGGUCUGAAGGCUCUGGGGGUCCGCGAUCUGUCCUACAAACUGGCCUUCCUGGCCUGCUACGUGGCCCCCACAAACCCCAGGUUCGGGGGGAAAGAGCUACGACAGGAGGACCAGACAGCGGAGAGCGUCAAGAACCAGAUGACCGUCCAGGAGUGGGAGAAGGUGUUUGAGAUGAGCCAGGACAAGAACCUCUACCACAACCUCUGCAGCAGCCUCUUUCCCACCAUCCACGGUAACGACGAGAUCAAGCGCGGCAUCCUCCUGAUGCUCUUUGGCGGCGUCGGCAAGACGACCAUGGAGGGCACGUCUCUGAGGGGGGACGUGAACGUGUGCAUUGUGGGAGACCCCAGCACCUCCAAGAGCCAGUUCCUCAAGCACGUGGAGGACUUUGCCCCCCGGGCGGUGUACACCAGUGGGAAGGGCAGCAGUGCCGCUGGACUGACUGCCGCUGUGGUCAGAGACGAGGAGUCCCAUGAGUUUGUCAUCGAGGCGGGAGCCCUCAUGCUGGCCGACAACGGAGUGUGUUGUAUAGAUGAGUUUGAUAAGAUGGAUCUGAAGGACCAGGUGGCAAUUCAUGAAGCAAUGGAGCAGCAGACUAUCUCCAUCACCAAGGCUGGAGUGAAGGCAACGUUGAAUGCCCGCACCUCCAUCCUGGCUGCUGCCAACCCUAUCGACGGCAGGUACAACCGCUCCAAGUCCCUCAAACAGAAUGUCAACAUGUCCGCCCCCAUCAUGUCCCGCUUCGAUCUCUUCUUCAUCCUGGUGGACGAGUGUAACGAGGUGACGGACUAUGCCAUCGCCAGGCGCAUCGUUGACCUCCACUGCAGGAACAUAGAGUCGGUGCAGAGAGUAUACGAAACUGACGAGAUCCAGAGAUACAUCCUGUUCGCUCGGCAGUUCCAGCCUAAGAUUACCCAUGAGGCCAAGGAGUUUGUGGUGGACCAAUACAAGCGUCUACGCCAGAGGGACGCCGGGAGCUCCAAGUCAUCCUGGCGAAUCACAGUCCGCCAGCUGGAGAGCAUGCUCAGACUGUCAGAAGCCAUGGCACGCCUCUACUGCUCCGACGAGGUGCACCCCAAGCAUGUGAAGGAGGCGUUCCGUCUGUUGAAUAAGUCCAUCAUCCGGGUGGACUCUCCCGACAUCAGCUUUGACCAGGACCAGCCGGACUCACAGGACAUCACUGAUCACGACAUGCUGGGGGCAGAGUCACAGGGAACCAAUGGGACCAGUGGAACCGAGGGGACCAAUGGUCACCCUGGAAAGGCUGUGGAUGUAGACCAGCAGCCAAUCCGGUCAGAGAAGAGCGUUGCCGCCGCCCAGCCGGCUUUCAAGAUGACCUUCUCCGAGUACAGAAGAAUCUCCAACCUCCUGGUCCUCCACAUGCAGAAGUUUGAAGACAUGGAUGAGGAGGGCUCUCUGAGGAAGAGCGAGCUGAUCAACUGGUACCUGCAGGAGAUGGAGGGAGAGAUUGAUACUGAGGCAGAGCUCAUAGCCAAGAAGAGCCUGAUUGAGAAGGUUCUUCACCGGCUCAUCCACUAUGAUCACAUCAUAAUUGAGUUGACCAAGACAGGCCUGAAGCAGGUUAGGGGAGAGGGGGAGGAGCCUAGGACAGAAGAGGACUCCUUACUAGUGGUCAACCCCAACUACCUGCUGGAUGACUAG